AACGUGGUGUAGUCUUGUAUAGUUGUGUACUUGUUUGAAUAUGCAUCUACUUUCGUGUGCUUGUUUUUAAGUGAAAAACGUGAGGGGAAAGCCGAAUAGAACAAACUGAUUAUGAAAGUAAAUCUGACGGUAGAACAAGCAAUCCACUUAAGAUGAAAAAUGCCCCGUGCUAAACACUCAAACAUCAGUUUGCUUGCAUAAUACAUAUUACAAAAUAUAGAAUGUCACCUAGUUGAGAUUGAUUGACGUGCAAUUCGACUUUCGUGAAUUUCAUGAUAACUAUUGCCUUCCCGCUUUUAAAGGGGACAUAUUAUGCCACCAGGUGUGAGUGAUUAGCCUUACAAGCCGUUUCGAAAAUCUGCCCCAUAUGACAUCCCUAGUGGGCGUGUCCACCUAGAUCUGUGCUGGAUAGAGCAGUCUAACAGCCUACCCAGUGGACUGAAGUAAACGUUGCUCAUCUAUCCAACACAGAUCUAGAUGGACACGCCCACUAGUGAUGUCAUAUGGGGCAGAUUUUCAAAACGGCUUGUAAGGCUGAUCACACUCCUGGUGGUAUAAUAUGUCCCCUUUAACUAGACGGGAGUCUUGUAAACAUUAGAUAUUUGCAUUAUGUCGAUGUGCUGCUGAGGCAGUACGUGACGUGCAUGAACACGCUAGGCAUGCCGACAGAUGGUAGCUUGAGGGAGCAUGCUGGGUCCAACACAACCUUUUUCCAAGAGCUGCAUCUCUACACAGGGGUGGUCCUUGCUCUACACACUCACGACCGUGGCGUUUGACCUUACAGGAGCGAUGUGGCUGUUCCCCUGUUGUUUAAACAACAGAUCAGAAAGAGUGCCUGUGUGGGCUUAGCCGUCCAUAGAUUAUCCUCCCCUUACAUGUCCGGCAGCACCGGCGAUCAAGCUGCGGCGGCUCAGGUUUCCCCUAAUGUAUAACAGUGACGUUUUGUACCACUUCAAUUCACGCAGGUCAACGACGUCUCUUACAAUUACGCCCUUCCAGUCCUCAGGCUGUCGGCGCACGGCUGAAUGCGCGGUGGUGAUGCUCAAAGAACCCUAAAUGUCGAUUGACGGCUAUUUUGAUGAAAUCACAAUACUAUUAAGAAACUACCAAUUCCCCACAUACACGCAUGUUCAUGUCUCUUUCAGCUUACUACACAUGUAAUUUGACAUAGGUAUUAAAUAACAAAAUAACUUAAAAAAACAACAACAUAUUUUAGGAAAUACAAAAAACGCUUAAAAGGAAAAAGAGCCAAGUUCAGGGGCUGCACAUCUGAACACUGUUGGGACCAACCCUAAUAACGUCGCAGGGGUCUGCAGCCGGUUGCUGUGGUCCGUCGCCAGGCCGACGCCCGGCCCCCGUGGGCCCACCUGGCCAGCACUUGACUGACAGGUGAAUAGCUGGAUGUGUGGUGAGGCGAUGAUUCAAGGGCGUCUGGUUUCCCUCAGUCUGUUAGUGCUACGUGAUAGCCGGGGUACAGUUCCCCCGCCCGGCAGUCACGCCGUCUCCCUUGCCAAGCGGUUAGUGGCCACGGGCGCGAGAUGGGACUAUUGGAAAUAGUGUCUGUUUUAUCAGCGUUUCGACUCAGAGGGAUCAAUUGGGGUUGAACGGAGUCAUGCGGAUCAGAGCCGCUCCGGUAAAGGAACUGAAUUUGGUUUGAAUUGGCCUCUUUGCUUCCUCGUUUGGAGUGACUUAAUAAAAUGCACAAGAUGGUCCCUGUGAUCCUUUUGCUGAUGAUGCUUCUGGAAGUGGCCGAUUCUGCCCAGGGACGAUACGCCCAGAAGCUUCUGGGAGACUUGAUGGAGGACUACUCCAACGCUCUGCGGCCCGUGGAGGACACGGACAAGGCCCUCAACGUGACCCUGCAGAUCACCCUCUCUCAGAUCAAAGACAUGGACGAGAGGAACCAGGUGCUCAUCGCCUACCUGUGGAUCAGGCUGACCUGGAACGAUGCCUACCUCAAGUGGAACAAGGAGGACUACGACGGCCUGGAGGUGAUCCGCAUCCCCAGCAGUCUGGUGUGGAGGCCAGACCUGGUCCUCUACAACAAGGCUGACGACGACUUCUCGGGCCCGAUGGACACCAACGUGGUGCUGCGCUACAACGGAGAGAUCACCUGGGAUGCCCCGGCCAUCACCAAGAGCUCCUGCGUGGUGGACGUCUCCUACUUCCCCUUCGACAGCCAGGAGUGCAACCUCACCUUCGGGUCCUGGACCUACAACGGGAACCAGGUGGACAUCGCCAUGGCGAUGGACGGCGGCGAUCUGUCGGACUUCGUGGAGAACGUGGAGUGGGAGUGCCACGGCAUGCCGGCCCACAAGAACGUCAUCAUGUACGGCUGCUGCUCCGACCCCUACCCGGACAUCACCUACACCGUGCUGCUGCAGAGACGCUCCUCCUUCUACAUCUUCAACCUGCUGCUGCCCUGCUUCCUCAUCUCCUUCCUGGCGCCGCUGGGCUUCUACCUGCCCGCCGACUCCGGGGAGAAGGUGUCCCUGGGCGUCACCGUGCUGCUGGCGCUCACCGUCUUCCAGCUCAUGGUGGCCGAGAGCAUGCCGCCCUCGGAGAGCGUGCCGCUCAUUGGAAAGUACUACAUCGCCACCAUGACCAUGAUCACCGCGUCCACGGCGCUCACCAUCUUCAUCAUGAACAUCCACUUCUGCAGCGCUGAGGCCAAGCCCGUCCCGCAGUGGGCCAAAGUCCUCAUCAUCGACUACAUGUCCAAGAUCUUCUUCGUCUACGAGGUCGGCGAGAACUGCACCUCCUCGCCCACCUCCUCCUCCUCCCACCUCCAGCUCGACGAUCACAGCCCGGGCCCCGACCCCGACCCCGACCGGGCGGGCCGUAAGGCCGGGGCCGGCCACGGGGGUCACAAGGAGCCCAAUCACUCCCGGCAUCCCAGACCCCAGACGCCAAGGGCCCAACAUCUCCCCCGGGGGAAGCCCCAGCACCACAUCCCCCGGGAGGAGAGGGACCCCCUGUCCUGCUACGAGGACCCCGACCGCAAGCUCUGCUGUGCGGACGAGCAGAAGCCCCCCUGUUGCCCCGAGGACCAGAAGCCCCCCUGCUGCCCCGAGGACCAGAAGCCCCUCCCUUCCCUGCUCCUGGGCCCCGCCGUGACCUUUGGCCCCUGCGUGUUCUGUAGCCAUGGCGACGGCAUCCCGGGGGUGGAGCCCAAACUGGUGCGCAACGUGGAGUACAUCGCCAACUGCUUCCGCGAGCAGCGGGCCACGUGCGCUAAGGGGGCCGAGUGGAAGAAGGUGGCCAAGGUCAUGGACCGCUUCUUCAUGUGGAUCUUCUUCGCCAUGGUCUUCCUCAUGAGCAUCCUCAUUAUGGGCAGGGCGCCGUGACCCGACCACGCAGCAAGCGAUCGAUUUCCCCCGCAAUCAGCCCAGCUGGCUUGCGUCGGUCUCAACGAGGGACACUGACUUGGAGCGCUUACAAAAGAUGAUGUCAUUCCCCUUGUGGGGUUUACGCAUCGAUAUUGUUGUCGUUACUUAUCUGGGUCUUUUAUUUCGCCAACAGAUUCAGUAGGGCAGCUUAAACUUGAUAUGUUAUAGUCAUAUGUUCCUCCUAAUAAUGUCGUUGUUAAUAAGCUACAAAAACUAUUGAUUAAUAGUUGUAGUCACCCCAAAGAAAAUGUGUUAAUGAAGAUGUUACCACCGCACACAUUGUAACUCUUAACUUUUAUGCACAAUGCACAUCCACCAUUCAUUCAACUACGUCUUAAUGUAUUUCAACUGGUGUUUACAUACUUUUACAGCUCAACCAAUAAGGAUAAUGUUUUUGAGUAUAAAACAUGUCAAAACACCGACUAAUAAUCUUCCUGUCCAGACUUCAUGUGGUUAGCAGCUAACAGAUGAGCCAUGCUACUGUAGCGAGACGGACGUGGCAGGGCUGUAAGCCAACACUGGUCAUAAAUAAUAGAGCACGACCCGCCACCCCCAAAGCCUACUGUAGGUCUACCUCACCUGGAGCGAGGGAGCAUAAAGUACAAGUGGAAGGAUGAACUGGGGUAUUGAUGUAAUGUACCUGUUCUCAACAAAAUCACAGUGAAGCCUAAUAAGCGUCAUGUGGAAUGUUAACGUUUUAAAAGGGGGUUUAACGUUAUCUACAAAAUGUUUUGAUCUCCCACCUAGGCUUUCUGGUAAUGGUGAGGAAGUUCUGUCAAAUUGCUAAGUCAACGGCUGGUUAAUUUUUUCCAACGAGACCAGGUAAUGGUUAAGCAAUUGCCCAUUGACAUGCAAUACAGUAAAUACCAGGACCCCGUUACAGUAACGUGAUGUCACCAGCAGAGGGCAAUGCUCUCCCAUCAGCCAGGACUACUUUCUUGCACAUGCGCAGUUUUCAUUCUUAAUUGUUUUCCUACACAACACAACAAAUAGUAUUACCGUUCACUGAACAAGUGUAGGUCAGGAGAAGAUCUUUUUUUUUUUUCAGUUGUCAAUUGUAGUUCAACAAAUGCCAGGGCCUUGAGGGGCUUUGUUCCUUGAACGUCAAAAUAGAUGGAGCGGGAUUUUAUUACCACUUUUGAGGGCCCGCACACCUACAGAUUGAGUCGAGGACAUCAUGACGACUUUGUCUAAUUAUGCGGAGCCAUAUGGCCUAUUUUAAUGUUGCCCCUAUUUCAUAUGUAUAUAGGCUAAUUGCC